GGAGAUAGCUAAUUUGGUGUCUAUUGUUGCCCAGGAAGCCAAAAGGAAGGAGAAAACAAAGAUGUCUGACGCAUCUCAAAACCUUAGCUACCAAGCUGGUGAGGCCAAGGGCCAAGCUCAGGUCCAGAAGGAUGGGUUGAUGGACAAAGCAGCCAAUGCUGCCCAAUCUGCCAAGGAAUCAUGCCAAGAGGCUGGUGAGCAAUUGAAGGCCAAGGCACAGGGAGCUGUGGAUGCUGUUAAAGAUGCAACUGGGAUGAACAAAUAAAAGUUAACACUUUUGUAACCCCCUGUCCAUGAAAGUUUUUUUGCUGCUUCAUUCACUUCUUCCUCAUUUUAAUUUUCCCGGAUUCUCUUCUUAGAGAAUCAGUCAUUGACAUUGUAAGCCUUCUUCCAGGAAGAGCUUUCUCUCAUUGAUGUAGUUGUCUCAAAAUUCACAAAUCUCAAGUUCAAAUAAAUUUUACGCUCUUUGACUUGUUUCCACUUUCCAUGAUGAUUAAUUUGUUGCCAUUUGCCAAUUGCC